GUCGCGUGACGCCUGCAGAUUAUCUAAGAGCUCGCGCACAGGGACGUGUACAGUCCGUCAUGAGUGCUGCUAUGAAUUUUAAAAAAUGCGGCUCUGUGCUGAUUACUGGAGCCAGCCGGGGCCUCGGGCUGCAGUUAGUGGACAGUCUGGCAAGUGGACAGUUUUCACCUGGAAAGAUAAUAGCCACGUGCAGAAACCCUGGUAACGCACAGGAACUUCAAGAACUGGCGGAGAAGCAUCCCAACAUCCACAUAAUCACUUUGGACGUAGUGAACCAGGAGAGCAUAGAGAAGUCUGUAGAAGAGGUGAGCAAGCUGGUGCAAGAAGAAGGUCUGAACUGCCUGAUCAACAAUGCGGGCAUCAACGUGGUGGCCGACUUUCAUUCUGUUACCGCCGAGAUGAUGAUAGAAAACUUCCACACCAACACUGUGGCUCCUUUAAUGAUCACUAAGGCUUAUCUGCCUCUUCUAAAGAAAGCUGCAUCCAGAGGAGGGGCAGGAGGCUCAGCUGCAAUGGGAAUCCAGAGGGCAGCGGUUAUUAACGUGACCUCACUGCUGGGCUCUGUGGAGCUCGCUUGGGGUGAGAGGGCCAACAACUUCAAAUGGUACCCCUACAGGACAUCCAAGAGUGCCCUAAACAUGGUUAGUCGCUGCAUGGCUGUAGACCUAGAGCCAGAUGGGAUUCUCUGUAUGGCUAUACACCCCGGCUGGGUACGCACUGACAUGGGGGGGUCAGAGGCUCCACUGAGUCCCAAGGAUAGUAUUUCUUCCAUGUUGUCUGUGAUUGGAGGGCUAACUGAAAAGGACCAUGGCUCAUUUCUGAACUUUACAGGAGAGCAGAUACCUUGGUGAACUUGAUGUCCAUCAGUUAUGAGUAGGAUGACUUAAGUAUUCUUAACUGAUCCUAAUGGUUAUUGUUUUUACUCUAACUAUGCAAGAAUGAAUGUUUCUACGGCUUUGAUUGGGCUGCAUUCCACUUUAUAGGAGCGUAUCUACUAGAGCUUUUACCAAGCCGUUUUGCUCUGUCCCCUUUAAAAAGUGCACUGAGCCCUGCGGUCAGGGAAGUGCAUGUUGUGUUGGUAAGAGAAAAUCACAGACUAGAUUUUACAAAUGUUAGCACAAACUCCACGAACUUUUCAUCGCUCAGGGUGGGCCUGCUGUGUAUUUUUGGGGGCAAAAAAUAAAAAACUAUAUCUGCUACUUGUCUAGCUGCCUCACUAGCUUAUAACCUUUAUUAGGCUUUUGGAUUGUUUUGCUGUGGAACAACACCAGCUGUGGUGCAAAUGGGUUCUCGGUCCACCAGUGUCUUCACAAUGAUUACAUGUACAACAGGUAUCCAAUAAAAUAUCCUACAUAGAGACUAGGUUAGCAGCAGUUCGUAGAUUUGCCCUUAAACCAUGGUAUGACGAUUAACGGCCGUAUGAUAAUAUUUCGUAUUAGGAUGGAGAAUUUACUUAGCCCAUAGUCAAUGUUCCCUCUAAGCUGCGCACGUGCGCAAUUGCGCACUGCUGGCACGGUCUCUGCGCACAGAAAAUCUGUGUUGCGCACAAAAAAAAUCUAACCUGAAUUGAAAUUAAAAUUAAAACUUUAACAAUUCUGUUUUGCAGUGUUAGUCAGUAAGUGACUGUCUGCUCCCGUAUGGGAUUAGAACGAUUCCACCUUAUCCCAUAGUCCAGCCAAUGAUGCGAUUCACAUUCGUAUAUACGCAGCCAAUCAACGUCGUCGACAGGCUAUGACGGCGUUCUUAUGUGCCGACACUGGUGUUUUAGCUGGCAAAGCGGCGUGGCUGAUGUGGAGUGAAGCCACGUUAAUGACAACGUGUACAACCAUUGGAGAGGUGAGCAGGACAGACGGAACAAUUGAAAAAGGGAAAAGUGUGGACUUUAUUCCAGUUUUUAAAUUGUGUUGAUAGGCCACGUAAAACCAGAGUUAUGAUAAAAUAUCUGCAAUGUUUGGUUUUCUUCCUGAAUACUGUCGUUGUUUAUAUUUACUGCGGGAAGAAACGGUAAAAACGGUGUUUUAUAAGGAAAACCAACACCGCCUGUGAGCAAAAACAAAACCAACCCCCACCCUUUCCUAUUGGUCGAAAAAAGUACCAUGUCGACCAAUCAAAAAAUGAUAUGGCAAUGUGGCAUCUAGUUGUUAAGAAACGGGGGGAAGUUUUAGGAGUGACGGCGGUGUUCUGAGAUGUGAGAGAUUUGCGACGUUUAGCGCAAAUCUUGUGUAGUUAGUGUGUAGUGUAGUCAAUAGUUUUGUUGUGUGUGUCAGAACAAUGAGGCGACUGCUGAAUGUUACAGGUGUUACAGGAGUGAUACA